AUGCCCCAAUGCAAAUUUACUUCCCGCUUCCAACGUAGUUUUGAUUUUGAAGUCGGAAAUAUACGUGGUGCAUCCGCAACUGACUAUCUCGAUGUUAAAAAUGCUGCCAAUGUUCUUAACUUUGAUGGCGAUUUCUGGCAGCUGGUUGGAUCUGGUAAACAGGAUGGCCAGCAGCUUAUGCGUAUUGAACAGAUGGCUACUAAGUAUAAUCUAUUCAAGAUUAGUGGUUACAAAGUAACCUGUUCUCUUAAUAAGUAUACCGGCCUUCGCGAAAGGAAACCCAGAUAUUCGUGGUUCCUAUCCACCGGUUAUGAGGAAGAUCAAGCCAUGUCAGGAUCGUGGAAUCCCGAUGACCAAGCCAGACCUGUCGAUUAUAUGCGCAAUCAUCGAAGAACCAAAAUGCGCAAUACAUGGAUGAAGAAUUUGUAUCUUAAAAACUUCCCAUGGUGUGAUGUCGAAGGGCAAGAAUAUAUUUCGAAAGAAUUUCAA